GUCCUAAAGCUCAUUUUAACGAAAAUGAAACGUUGAUAAGUAGUAUCAAACUUCUUGUAAUGCAAAUUUCCAUGUAGUACUAAAAAUUAUUGUGGUGUUCACCAAAAUUUAUUAGUAUUUUUAAUUUGUGUUCUUAUAUAUUUAUCUUUAUUUUAGUGAUAAAUUAUUCGUGAUUCAUAAACUAUUGUAUUGACAUUUUUCAUAUUUUAACAUGGAAAAAAAUAGUUUUUCCAACGGCGAUGUGAUUUCACCAGAUCGAAGUUUCAGAUAUUGUAACGGCAACGGAAAUGCAAACGAGAUAUCAUUAUCACGAAAUUCCACGCAGAAUGGUUAUGGAAGACGAAAUUUUACCACGCCGAACAAAUUCGAUUCUCCGUAUUCAAAUUCAUCAUCACCAGUUGAUCGAUAUAAUAGGAACAGUGACCCGCGAUCGCCCAGAUUAUUAUUUUCCGAGGACGAAGAAGAAGAGCUUAGCGUAUCUUUGAAAGAUUACUACGAAAAGGACCUGACAGCCUUAUUGGAAACUAGUUUCGACCGUAAAAAUUAUUGUUUUAAUGUUCGCGGUGCUAGAUUACCGUCUGCUGAUAAAUUAUUCACUGAAGAAAAGUGGAAUAAUGAUAAAUUAUUAGAAUUGCAAGAUAUCAAACGUGAUCUCAAUGCUGUCAAAUCAAAGUUGAAUGAGUACGAAUUAACGCAUUGGCAUAAACAUACCAGAGCCAUGAAUCCUGCCGAUAAAGUCAUGAAACAUUUACGAAGAGAUGUUAAAGUUGAAUUUUUAACGCAGGCAUGGUGUAAGUUCUACGAACUGAUAAAUAAAUAUAAGCUGAUACCAACCGAAGCUCGUUCUAGUAACGAGCUGUUGUCGUUUCAUCUGUGCGAAGCUCCUGGCGCAUUCGUAGCCUCGUUGAAUCAUUAUUUGAAACUUAAUCAUCCUGAUUUAAAAUGGUUUUGGAAGGCCAACUCACUGAAUCCAUAUUAUGAAGGAAACAACUUAUCCGAAAUGAUCAACGACGACCGAUUUAUGCUGCAAACCAUUGACUGUUGGGAUUUUGGACCUGAUAUGACUGGCGAUAUCACACAUCCCGAUUAUCCUUCGUACCUGCGCGAAAAUUUCGGUGAUUAUCUUCCUCACUUAGUUACCGCCGAUGGUAGUUUCGAUUGUCAAGAUAAACCCGAAGAACAAGAAAGCUCUGUUUCAUGGCUCCAUCUUAAAGAAACGUUAAACGCUUUGAAUAUUUUGCGAAAAAAUGGAAACUUUGUCAUCAAGAUGUUCACUUUUUUCGAAUGCGAUACCGUGUGUUUACUUACGUUAUUAGCUGCCGCCUUUCGAGAAAUCAAAGUUGAAAAGCCAGCUACCAGUAAGGAAGGUAAUUCCGAAUGCUACGUUGUUUGUCAAGAAUACCGAGGAAGAGACGCCAUUGCGCCAUGUCUUAAUCGAUUACUCGAAAUUGAUUUGGAAACCUACCAGAAGUACUCUAUGUUCCCAUAUGGAACAUGCAAUAAACUAUUUUAUCGUGAGAUUUCCAAGUGCGCUUCUUAUUUCGCCAAAAUGCAGAUGAAUGUUAUCGAACGUAACAUACGAAUUUAUGAAACCGAUCCGAAUGAUCCGAAUCUUCGAAAGCAUUGUGAUUUCUUGCAGGAAAAGUUCGUCCAGCACUACAUCAAGAAAUAUAAGCUCCGUCCGAUCAAACUGGAAGAUAAUAUUGUUAAGCUACCGAAGUUCAAAUAUCAGAUCGAUAGAAAGCCCCCUCAGGUGAUAGAAAGCAGAGAUCGUAAACAAGGUUCUCAUGCUGAACGUGUUCAAAGAUCUAGCCUCGUAGUCAAUGAUUUACUCAGAAAAAUCACCGAAGAACUGAACGACGAUCUUUGUAAUAAUUUACCAGGCCAUAUCCAGUUACCAAGAGCGCCUGAAAUUCCCAUCAGUGCAUUUAGUAUCAAGUACGGUAAACCCAUCGAAGUUGUUCGUAGUAGUCAAUUUUGCCACGGCCGAUUUAUGCGGAUACGAAACGAAAUGAUCAAAGUCUACGGAUAUCGUAAAUUCAUGAUCGCCACUACACGUAUCGGUACCCACGAAGAUGAUUUUCGUAAUUACAUUGAUUUUUCAAACUUGUUUAUGAAGAAAUAUUACAACACUGCGCAAAAAGAAAGCUUCCUCAUGAUUUAUGAUAAGCUGUCCGGUCUUCGGGAAGGAGAUUACCUCAAAUUGAUCGGACUUCCAUUAUUAACGCAGUUCAACAUCAAUGUGCUAUAUGUCUUAAGACAGAUGUUCAGACAGGUGAUGUUCAGCGCUCCAAAUGUAUUAUUAUUAAUUAACAUGGAACUGGCCAAGUUCAAUUUAUGGAAGGAAAAGUUGUCUCAUUUAUGGGAAGCUUGUUCAUCGAAGCGUGCUGUUAUAUCAUUUCUACCAAUUAGCUGCAUCACUGGUUCCAAUAAUAGUUUCUACACAUGCUUAGUUGAAGCCAAUAACUGUCGUUUAUACCAUGAAAUCGAUCAUGCAAUAGAUUUACGCUGUUUACGCCCUAGAACGUAAUUAUUCAAAGAAGGCUUGCUCUUCCUUAGUCUUAUUUUUUAAUUUGUUGUUUAUGUCAAUACGAUUUGUUAUUCUUUUUUUUUAUUGUUUCGGAUAUGUUGACUUUCAUUUUUGUACCUUACAUAUUCGACUAUGUAUCUAUUUAUUGCCCUCAAUACAUAUGCAUGGUUUUACCUA